AAUGUAGUUUAAUGGCUUUACAAAGAAAGCCAGGCAGAGGAGCUCUUCUCUCUGGCUGUGGUCGGACCAUGACCUAGCUGACCAUGAACUUGGAAGGGCUUGAAAUGAUAGCAGUUCUGAUCGUCAUUGUGCUUUUUGUUAAAUUAUUGGAACAGUUUGGGCUGAUUGAAGCAGGUUUAGAAGACAGCGUGGAAGAUGAACUGGAGAUGGCCACCGUCCGGCAUCGGCCUGAGGCUCUGGAACUUCUGGAAGCCCAGAGCAAAUUUACCAAGAAGGAACUCCAGAUUCUUUACAGAGGAUUUAAGAAUGAAUGUCCCAGUGGUGUUGUUAAUGAAGAAACCUUCAAAGAGAUAUACUCACAGUUCUUUCCACAGGGAGACUCGACAACAUACGCACAUUUUCUGUUUAAUGCGUUUGAUACGGACCACAAUGGAGCUGUGAGUUUUGAGGAUUUCAUCAAGGGUCUUUCCAUUUUGCUCCGAGGGACAGUUCAAGAAAAACUCAACUGGGCAUUUAAUUUGUAUGACAUAAAUAAAGAUGGCUACAUCACUAAAGAAGAAAUGCUUGAUAUAAUGAAAGCAAUAUACGAUAUGAUGGGUAAAUGCACAUAUCCUGUCCUCAAGGAAGAUGCUCCUAGACAACACGUCGAAACAUUUUUCCAGAAAAUGGACAAAAAUAAAGAUGGAGUUGUUACCAUAGAUGAAUUCAUUGAAAGCUGCCAAAAAGAUGAAAACAUAAUGCGCUCCAUGCAGCUCUUUGAAAAUGUGAUUUAACUUGUCAAAUGCAUCCUCAAUCAAACAGACAAAUGUGAACUAUUCUACCACACUUAAAGUUGGAGCUACCACUCUUAGCAUAGAUUGCUCAGCUUUACACUGAGGCAUAUUAUGCAAACAAGCUUUGUUUUAAUAUAAAGCAAUUCCCAAAAGAUCUGAGUUUUCCAGUUACAAAUUUUCAUCCUUUUCAUAAUGCCACUGAGUUCAUGGGAUGUUCUAAGUCAUUUCAUACCCUGUGACUAUUCAAAAGUAAUAGAAUCUGGCAUAUAGUUUUAUUGAUUCUUUAGCCAUGGGAUUAUUGAGCUUUCACAUUAUCAGUGAUUUUAAAAUAUCAGUGUUUUUUGCUACUCAACUGGAUGUAUUCAGCCCCAGGAUUUUAAAUGGUUUUCUAAAAUAUUGGCAUCUGCAUUUAAUUUCCAGAAAUUAAUUUUCAUGUUUGUAUGCUGUAAUUCCAUUUAUACACUAAGUAAACAAAACAAGAUUACUAUAAUUAAAAAACAAACAAACACAAAGUCCCAGUUUCUAUGCAUUUGCCGCCUUCUGUUAAAGAUAUUCAUUUAUCUGGCAUUUUUUAUAACAUGAAAUAAAUUAGUUCAUCACCAGAUGUCAGCAUAUACCUAAUAAAGCUUAUUUAAUAAGCAUUUCUUAAUUUUUCAUAAUACAUAUUACAGCCAAGGCCUACAUGAUGUAUAUAAUUUUGGAUUUGUCCAAUUCUACAGGUUGACUGUUUUCUAUUGUGUCAUUAAGUGGAGGUCCAAGAAGGUGUGGAACAAAGCAAAGAUAAACGUUUAUAGGCUCAAGGGUCAAGAUAUCUGCCCUCCAGUACAUGGUAAUACUUAAUGCCAAGUAAUUCCUAACAGCAUUGAAGGCCUAUUCCGUCCCCUUUCCCUUGACUCCUUCAAGGUACCUUUCUUUUUACACGCCAUUCAGGGCCAAAGGGACCUGGACUACCCCAAUACCUACAGGGAACAAAGAGUAAGCAGAAUUCAUUUUAAAACCAUCAGUGAGUCCAUUCUAUCAAGAACUACAGUACCAAAACCUCACUGAAAAUGAAAAUAAAUGCCAAGCAAUUCAUCUGGACUGUAUUAUGAUUUUGCUCAUCAUAAAACUCCAAUACUUCAGAUUCUUUUUAAUGAUCAUAAGCCAAAAUUGUAAAGUUGCCACAACACUACUAAGGAUACACACACCCUCCCUGUUUUGCAGAAAUCUCAUAAAGACCAAGAGGCUACAGUAGGAGGAAAUUUGCAACUGUCUUUGCAACAAUAAAUCAGGUAUCUAUUCUGGUGUAGAGAUAGGAUGUUGAAAGCUGCCCUGCUAUCACCAGUGUAGAAAUUAAGAGUAGUACAAUACAUGUACACUGAAAUUUGCCAUCGCGUGUUUGUGUAAACUCAAUGUGCAUUUUGUAUUUCAAAAAGAAAAAAUAAAAGCAAAUAAAAUGUUUAUAACUCUA